AUGGUAUCUGCUAAAGGGAUUAGGGCUGAUCCUCGAAAUAUUGAGGCCGUUUUGGAAUGGAAGCCAUCUAAGACUGUAUCUGAGAUCUGCAAUUUUCUGGGGCUAGCAGGGUAUUAUCGGCGAUUUGUAGAGGGAUUUUCACUAAUUGUAGCACCUUUAACUAAGCUGUUACGUAAGGGUGUGCCAUUUAACUGGACUGAUACGCAGAAAGAGAGCUUUGAGAGGCUCAUGAAGGUACUGACUGAUGCCUCUGUCUUGAUACAACCAGAUUCUGUGAAAGAGUUCACUGUCUAUAGCAAUGCAUCACAUUGGUAUUCACACUAA